GGCGGAACCAGAGUGACCUCACGGCUAGCUGUUGUCAGCUUCCCCAAUUGAUGCUUUUCUUUCUCUCCUUGCCCGCACUUUCAGUGUUGCCUUGACAGCCAGUCCCCACUCCUGGACUGCCGGAGCAGCUCUGGACAGGGACCACCUCAGUCGUCGUGCGACGAGGCAUGGAGACCAGAAGGAUGAGAAGCAUCAAAGGUGCCGAGCCGAUGUUUCCUGAUCUGGCUGAUCUGGAGCCCGGAGACCUGAUUGAGAUCUUUCGCUUCGGAUACCAGCACUGGGCCGUCUACGUAGGAAACGGUUAUGUGAUCCAUCUAGCCCCACCAAGUGAAUAUGCUGGGGCAGGCUGUGCCAGCCUCAUGUCCACAUUGACUGACAAGGCCCUGAUCAAGAAGGAGCUGCUGAUGGACGUGGUCGGGAGGAACCGCUACCGAGUGAACAACAAGCACGACUCCAAGCAUCCCCCCCUGCCCCCGACCAAGAUUGUCCAGCGGGCUGAAAGUAUGGUGGGACAGGAGCUACUGUACAAAGUCACGAGUGAAAACUGCGAGCACUUUGUCACUGAGCUCCGAUAUGGCGUGGCCAAAAGUGACCAGGUCCGAGAUGCCCUGGUGGGUGUUGGCAUUGCAGGGCUGGGCUUGGCCACCCUGGGUAUCAUCAGUGCCAUGGUCACGAGGAGGAAGAAACAGAACCAAUAAGAGAACCAAUUAAAGAGACUGAGACUUCUGUGUUUUCUCAGGAUGUUUUGUGUAUUUGAAUAGUCUAAAGAAAUGUGGUUUCCAUUCGGGGACCGUCAUCCUGGAGACCUUCUAGCCUGUAGUUCCUGGCCAGAGUUGGUAAAUUUUCCCCUGGACUCACAAGUAGAAACAGGUGGGGUGAGUUAUACACAGAACUAUCUCAUGCUGCCUCUGUUAUGUAGAGAGAGACUGGCUUGGCUCUGAAAGGGUGUCUUAUGUAUGUAAGUACCAUCAAGUCGCAACCAACCUAUGACAACCCCAGCAAGGGAUUUUCGAAGCAAGUGAAAAGCAGUGGUAGUUUGCCGUGGCUUUCCUCUGCAGUGUCUUCCUUGAUGGUUUCCCAUCCAAGUACUGACCCUGCUUAGCUUCUAAGAACUGAUGAGAUUGGGCUAUUUCAUAUCCUGACAAAGGUCUGUUGAAAAGGUCAAAAUGUAGGUGGAAAAAGUUGCCAACUUCUUAUUCAGAGCUCAGACCUAUAUUUCACCUCACCCUGCAACUGGGGUUGCCAGCUUUUGAACUAACGCCUGUUCCUGUGCCUUUUAACAGUGGCAGGAUUAGUAGCCAAUCCUGUUUAGCUCUGUGUCCGGAGAAGUUCCACUUGCUCAGUUCUGUGUAGGAAAUCUUAUUACAGGUUUUCCCCCCAAGUCAGUUGGAUUCCCCAAUUUGUAGACGAAUGAGGCUGAGAUGGAGUAGUUUGCCUGUGGGAGAAACUUUAGUGCAGAGUUUAGAGUUGUAGUCCCCAAUCUUUUUUGUGCCUGUGAGCACUUUUGCAAUCCUGACAAAGGGUGGUGGACACAAGUCCCAAAAUGGCUGCCGCAGGAGGUGGAGCCAAUCACAAAAAUGACUGCCACAGGAGGUGGAGCCAAUCACAAAAAUGACUGCUGCAGGAAGUGGAGCGAACCACAAAAUGUCAGGGAUCAAGUUUAUAUAAAACUCUAAUAGUAAUUCUUCAGAAGCUCAGGCUCCGUUUAACAGAAUCCCUUUAAAUCUGCACAGCCAAUCAGAAGCCCUGCUGGGAACCCCACCACCACCCCUACCCCUGCCUACUUUCAGCCUUUGAUUUACAUGGAAGAUCCAUUCUUAGCGCAUCACCAGAGAAUGUAGGAAUCACUAACUUUCAGAGAUUGACUUUGAAGGAGGAAAAAGGUCCUUGUGCCUUUAACAAAAUGAGAGGGAAUUUUGGUGGGUGCUGCUUUUCACCCCACAGUGUGAGCAGGUGAAGAAAAGCUGCAUAGCUGAAAUUUCUAGGUAUCACUGUUGGCAGAAAUCCUCCUUGGUUUCUCUGUGAACAAAGCCUUCUUCUGCAAAAGAGCUAUGAUUUUUUAAAUACAGGUUCCCAACGUGGUACCUGUGAGUGCCGUGGCACUUGCCAGCAUCUUUUCUGGCGUCUGCCAGGUGUUUUUAGGAAGUGGGAGGGGACAGGUAGGGCCUUUGCCCAGCAAGGCUUCCAAUUGACUCCUGGAGAUAUGAUUGGCUAUGCAGAUUUUUUUUAAAAAAAUGUUGCUUUGGUUCUAGCUGCCACCAUGGCACAAAGAUCUAUACUAUGUUACAGAAGUUAAGCUGUGGCAAUCAUUUUGUGACUGGUUCCACCACCUUGUAACAUCCUUUAGCUGUAGCAGGGAGGACAACGUUCAGACGUUGUCAUACGAACAACAGCUCGUAGGUUGCGUACACAAGGCUUUGAAGAGUUGAUCACCCAAAAUAAUGUUCUAAAAAAUGACGACCAUAAACAGGCAAGCAGCUGAGAAAGUGGCCCCGAGGAGGAAAUCCGGGCACUGUAGGGAGGCAUGGGCGUUGUUUUGGGGAAGAAUAGGGGAAGGGAGGAGCAACCGGAUACUUCCAAUAAGGCAAGGGAUGGGGAAUAAAAGUAGAUAAAAUAUAAGUGAAUGGAUAAAAAGGAAGGGAGGGAGGCCAGCUAAGAUGGAAAUCGUUGCUGUCCUCAACCUAGGUCCAGUCUCAUCUCUGUCUGACAGGACCUGUGGAAUCAUGUCAAGUCCUGCAGGGUCCGGGUCUCAUUUGACAGAGAGUUCCCCUAGGCUCGGCCCAGAACCAAGAAGCCUCUAUCUGUGGUUGAAGACAGCUGGAUGCUGUUGGGCCAGGGACCACCAGUAAGUUGUUCCCAGCUGAGCAUCCUUGCGGGAGGGUUAUAUCAGGAGAGAUCGUCCCACCGGUAUGAUGGUCCCAUCUAAUUGUCCUCUGAUCGCAUUAAAACCAGCUCCUUUGGCUGUAAACAGCAUUUUUACUGCCCUCGGUUUUAACAGACGGGUUCCUUUUUAUUAUGUAAAUAUUUUGUCACUAAUAAAAAGAUCUGGUUGACCAGAA